AUGAAUGAACAGCACCACCAGCAGAUAGAGGAAGAGCUGGAACUCAAACUGCAGGCUGCUGUCCGAUGGGAGUGAUGGACAGGUUCCGGCGUGAUGAGGGCAGAGAGACUCGCACAGUUACUGCUCCUAAAUGGAGGGGGACAUACAGGUAGUGGGGUUAGUGUGUGUGUUUGUGGUGCAGUGUGAGUUGGCUACAGGAGUAUGCCUAGUUGUCUGUAGCAUGGUCAUAGAUUUGUGAUCUUGCUAACUCCGUUGGUCUCAUUGUCAAGCCAAACAUUUGGCAUCACCAUGAGUGACAAGGAGUUGCCAAGAUGGCACAAACAGACUGGACUCAGGUUAAGGUCUGCAGCAGCGAGGACUGUGUGUGUAUGUGUGUGCGGAAGAGCAUGUUGUGGCGAGAACAGAGCAGUGGAAGAUUUCUCUCCUCCUAUCUGUGUUGCCAUACCUUCUUGCCCCUCGGGGGAAAUAUUUAUCUAGGUAAAUAAGUCACAUCAAUGAUUUAUCUGACUAACCUCUACUAUGUUAGAGAUGAUGGGAGAGAAUAUUAAAAGGCAGGUAUCUUACAUCACCGGUUAGAGCGCUGGGCCAGUAACUGAAAGGUUGCUGGUUCGAAGUCCCUGAGCCGACAAGAUGACAAAUCUGCCGAUGUGCCCUUGAGCAAGGCACUUAACCCUAAUUGCUCCUGUUAGUCACUCUGGAUAAGAGCAUCUGUUAAAUGACUAAAAUGCAAAUGUAAAUCACAGUCAGGAUGGGAAGGAAGACGAUAUUACCGUCGUAUGGUAGUUGCAGUCAACUUCAAAAAUGUUCUCAAAAGGGGGUCGGAUCAAAUAGGCCUACACAUUUCAUUUCCCAUGGAAUGAGCCUUUUGUAAAUAAGUAAAGUAUGUGUGUGUGUUUGGGGAGCGGAUGUUAAGCCUGCUUGUUGUAUUACAGUACUGUACCACGUCCGUGUGUGUGUAUCUCUCUGUGUGUCGGCUCCCCUCAUCCAUUCCUCACCUGUUCCUGGGUCCAUUGCCAUUGCUGAGGCUGCCUCCUACCAGUGUCUGUAGGGAGGGCAGAGCAGAGCGGUACUGCUGCUAGAUAGCGUAGAUACACUCUCCGGCCCCCGGGCCCCGGGCUUGGCCUGGCACGGGCACCACCUCAACACCCACAGCCACUCCAGGUUCCUCCUGGCUCUGCCUCUUUGCCUAGACCAGCACCCAUAGACCACCACCACCUCACAGAAGACAACAUCGUCAAUACAACAAUAACAACAACAGGCCACUACAGAGACAGAGAAGUCAAUAAAGCACAGGGUAAUGUUCAGAAGGAACAACACAGAAGAAAACCCAGUGAAACAGGAGGUAGAAUACUAUCUGAACUCGUUUUUUUUAUUGCAGCACAAUUUGCUAUGGUGUGUGCUCUAAUGAACACAAACCAACUUCAAUAAAGUACAUCAAUAGAGGACAGCAUCAACAGGGUUGAGUUCAGGUAGAUGAUGUACAGAUAGUAGUAGGCCUAAUGUAAUGAAUAGAGAUAUGAUUAAUUACUAGACCUAAUUGGCAGAGAGACAAUUCAUUUCUAUCUGAACUUUCGACAAUGUUGUUCUCUACUGAACACAGCCCGGGCACACACACACACACACACUUUACAAUUUCAGACAGGUGAGCGACUACACCUAGAUAGAGCAAUAGAUAACUAAACCAAGUUAUCCCAAUCCUUUGGGGUGUGUGUGUUUGUGGGAAUGUAUGGACAAUGGAGGAGGUAUAUGUAAUAUAAAAUCUCUUCUAACACUCUUACCCCUGUUUAACACAUUCAAUAUGUGCCAUUACCCAUCUAUCUAGUAACCUAGCUAGCUAGCUGACCAUUUUGUGAAGAGAACCCGUGAGCAUUUUCAUUCAGAUUUGCUUUUUUUAAAAAUCCAAUUAAAAUUAAAAUUUGUUGCAAACUGACUAAGUAGCUAUCUAUUAUACCCAUUUCUGAUGAUCCAUUGAUCUCCUCCAUGAUGUCCUGGCGGUUGUGUCGCAGAAUAAAUGCAGAAAAUAAAUCUUCUUCUUCUAUGGUCCUGUGGGGAUCAGUUGGUAGAGCAUAGCGCUUGCAACGCCAGGGUUGUGGGUUCGAUUCCCACGGGGAAAAGUAUGAAAAUGUAUGCUCUCUUGGAGCCCCAAAAACGUAUCGGCUGCAGAUAUAAUGAUAUCCAACUUCUUAGACACUUGUGCUGUACAAUUAAUCACUGUGGCUAUAAAUGCCACAAAAUCCAUCUUCUUCACAGUGAGUGUAUCCAGAUCACCCGAUUGACUUAAAACACUAGCAACUGGUUGCAAUGCAUCCACCACCAUAUCUUCAACACUGUGUCCUCUUGCCCCUUCGACUCUCUUCACCGCCUCCACAUAGGAGAUCCGCUGCACAGCCCUGAUCCUUGACACCUCAACCUCCUUCACCCUAACAGGGCACUCAAGGAAGUCCGGAGUAUGAUCCCCACAAUAGUUGCAACAUUUUCCAUUCACAGAUUCUUCAAUAUCAUACUUCUCCUGUCUGCAAACAUUUGACAAGUGACCAUAUCCUUUACAAUUUCCACACUGUAAUGGUUUGGACACAAAUGCUCUCACCGCAUACCUCACAUAUCCAAGCUUCACAUAUUCAGUCUCAUCAAACAACAAUAAUAUCGGCAGGCUUUUCUCCUUCCUUCCAUUUACCAUGUUGGUCAGGCGACGUGCACUGACCACUCCUGGGAUUUUCUGACUAAGGUACUCAUCAUCUAUAUCCAACGAGACUCCAGCUAUAACACCCUGCUCUGAAGAUCAAUACAUGUCACUGCUGACGUGGACAAUUUUGCCAGAUCCAGUGCAAGCUUUUUCUGUUCUUCAGCAACACAAUUAACCAAAACAAGGCCGCUUCUAGUCACCUUGAUUGAAUCCACCUUUCCCACUGCUUUCUUCACAGUCCUCAAUAUUACAAAUGGAUUUCCCAAAUGAAUCUCCUUGUCCAAAAAACGCAGUCCAAUAAGAAAUGAAUUAUUGGACCGGUCCUUGUCUUCUACUACAACUUUUGCUCGUUUUGUUCCAUUCUUUGAUUUCACUAUUUUCAAUUAAUUAUCACACACUUCACUUGCCGCACUUUCAGAUUCAAGCAGAGUCGCCAUUCCCUCCUCAACUUCCUCAUGCAAUAUUUUUUUUUUUUUACUUCUUCUUCAGUGGGGUUAAUCGGGCGGUUGGCAUCCACCAUUAUGGUGGAUUACCGUCACCUACCGUACUGGAAUGUGGGCCAGAGACGGGGAGAAACUAAAUCCUACCUGCCAACCUCGUUUCUCUUAAAAAAGAUAACAAAAUAUUUGAGACUAUACAGUGAGGGAAAAAACGUAUUUGAUCCCCUGCUGAUUUUGUACGUUUGCCCACUGACAAAGAAAUUAUCAGUCUAUAAUUUUAAAUGGUAGGUUUAUUUGAACAGUGAGAGACAGAAUAACAACAAAAAAAUACAGAACAACGCAUGUCAAAAAUGUUAUAAAUUGAUUAGCAUUUUAAUGAGGGAAAUAAGUAUUUGACCCCUCUGCAAAACAUGACUUAUUACUUGGUGGCAAAACCCUUGUUGGCAAUCACAGAGGUCAGACGUUUCUUGUAGUUGGCCACCAGGUUUGCACACGUCUCAGGAGGGAUUUUGUUCCACUCCUCUUUGCAGAUCUUCUCCAAGUCAUUAAGGUUUCGAGGCUGACGUUUGGCAACUCGAACCUUCAGCUCCCUCCACAGAUUUUCUAUGGGAUUAAGGUCUGGAGACUGGCUAGGCCACUCCAGGACCUUAAUGUGCUUCUUCUUGAGCCACUCCUUUGUUGCCUUGGCCGUGUGUUUUCGGUCAUUGUCAUGCUGGAAUACCCAUACACGACCCAUUUUCAAUGCCCUGGCUGAGGGAAGGAGGUUCUCACCCAAGAUUUGACAGUACAUGGCCCCGUCCAUCAUCCUUUUGAUGCAGUGAAGUUGUCCUGUCCCCUUAGCAGAAAAACACCCCCAAAGCAUAAUGUUUCCACCACCAUGUUUGACGGUGGUGAUGGUGUUCUUUGGGUCAUAGGCAGCAUUGCAGCAUUCCUCCUCCUCCAAACACGGCGAGUUGAGUUGAUGCCAAAGAGCUCCAUUUUGGUCUCAUCUGACCACAACACUUUCAUUCAGAUGUUCAUUGGCAAACUGGUUCUAAUCCCCUGGCCGACUAGGUGAAAAAUCUGUCGAUGUACCCUUGAGCAAGGUACUUAACCCUAAUUGCUCAUGUAAGUCGCUCUGGAUAAGAGCGUCUGCUAAAUGAGUAAAAUGUUUUAAAAAAUGUACAAUCUUGUCCCUGGCAUCCUUGGAGAGCUCUUUGGUCUUGGCCAUGGUGGAGAGUUUGGAAUCUGAUUGAUUGCUUCUGUGGACAGGUGUCUUUUAUACAGGUAACAAGCUGAGAUUAGGAGCACUCCCUUCCCUAAUCUCAGCUCGUUACCUGUAUAAAACACGUUGGUGCCAGAAAUCUUUCUGAUUGAGAGGGGGUCAAAAACGUAUUUCCCUCAUUAAAACGCAAAUUAAUUUAUAACAUUUUUGACAUGCGUUUUUCUGGAUUUUUUUGUUGUUAUUCUGUCUCUCACUGUUCAAAUAAACCUACCAUUAAAAUUAUAGACUGAUAAUUUCUUUGUCAGUGGGCAAACGUACAAAAUCAGCAGGGGAUCAAAUACUUUUUUCCCUCACUGUACAUGCUCCAGUGUGGGUGGUGCUGGAGAUGAUGAAUAUGAAGUUUAACGUUUUAGAAAUGUCCCUUUAAAAAUUGAACUAGAACCAUGAAAAAAUUGCUAUUUGCAAGAGUUUUGUUGACCAUCGAUAUCUUUUUGUGUUAAUUUAGCAAAGUGUGCAACGUUAGACAGCGUUGGUGAGAUGGCGUCUUCAGCGAAAAGACGAGCAGUUGGAAAGCGAGUAAGUCCCGAUGAUAGUGAGGAUAACAGCUCAGAUGAGGGAUCGGAAGACGAUGGUGAUUCAGGAGAGGAGGACAGCGGAUCAGAAGAGGAGAGCAAUGAAGAGGUCAAGGCCGAGGAUAGAAUUGACGCCGGAAGGGAAAGGAGGGGGAAAAUGGACAACCUUAGAGAAGGCAAGAAACAGAUAUAGGUUUGGAGAAAUGCAGUAUUAUCAUAAGGAGACGAAUACUUGGAUGAAUGAGAGAGGCAGAGGAGAUCUAAGAGAGAGAUGGAGGAAGAUUGUGAUUUUGAGUCAGUUAAAAAUGGCGGGAAAAAGGGAGAAGGUUUGUUAAAGAAGAGUGGGAGGAAAUGUAAGCAAAGUGAGCUGAAGACCGGAGUAGAAAUGGAAGUGAAUGAGGGUGAUGUAUCGGAGGUGGAAGGUGUGGUGAAGUACUCGGAGCCCAAGGAUUGCACAGCUGGUCAGGAUAAAGAUGAGUCUGUAAAAGUAGGAGUGAAGUUUGUGGAAAAAAUGGAUCCUUGCCUUUUGGCUGAUCCAAUUGUGGUUUCAAGAUGGGUGAAAAGAGCGUUGGGUGAAGUGGAAUCGGUGAGGGUAACCAGAAGUGGUCUAGUGAUAAUUGUUUGUGUUUCUGUUGGGCAGAGGGAGAAGGCACUCAGAGUUAAACAAAUGGGGGAAAGAAUUGUGAAUUGUUUCGCUCUUAAGAAAAGGGCGCCAUUGAGAGGAGUGAUUACUGGAGUAGCAGUGAAUGUAAAAGUUGACCAACUGUGAAGGAGAUUAUGUUUAUUUUAAUUUUUUCACCUUUAUUUAACCAGGUAAGCCAGUUGAGAACAAGUUCUCAUUUACAACUGCGACCUGGCCAAGAUAAAGCAAAGCAGUGUGAUAAAAACAACAACACAGAGUUACAUAUGGGGUAAACAAAACAAAGUCAAAAAUACAACAGAAAAUAUAUGUACAGUGUGUGCAAAUGUAGUAAGUUAUGGAGGUAAGGCAAUAAAUAAACAGGCCAUAGUGCAAAAAUUUUUACAAUUUUGUAAUUAACACUGGAAUGAUAGAUGUGCAAAAGAUGAUGUGCAAAUAGAGAUUGGGGUGCAAAUUAGCAAAAUAAAUAACAAUAUGGGGAUGAGGUAGUUGGGUGGGCUAAUUUCAGAAUGGCUGUGUACAGGUGCAGUGAUCGGUAAUCUGCUCUGACAACUGAAGCUUAAAGUUAGUGAGGGAGAUAAGAGUCUCCAGCUUCAGAGAUUUUUGAAGUUCGUUCCAGUCAUUGGCAGCAGAGAACUGGAAGGAAUGGCGGCCAAAGGAGGUGUUGGCUUUGGGGAUGACCAGUGAGAUAUACCUGCUGGAGCGCAGACUACGGGUGGGUGUUGCUAUGGUGACCAGUGAGCUAAGAUAAGACGGGGAUUUGCCUAGCAGUGAUUUAUAGAUGACCUGGAGCCAGUGGGUUUGGCAACGAAUAUGUAGUGAGGGCCAGCCAACAAGAGCGUACAGGUCACAAUGGUGGGUAGUAUAUGGGGCUUUGGUGACAACACUCUCCCGAGUGGCGCAGUGGUCUAAGGCGCUGCAUCGCAGUGCUAGCUGUGCCACUAGAGAUCCUGGUUCGAAUCCAGGCUCUGUCGUAGCCGGCCGCGCCCGGGAGACCCAUGGGGCGGCGCACAAUUGGCCCAGGGUAGGGGAGGGAAUGGCCGGCAGGGAUGUAGCUCAGUUGGUAGAGCAUGGCGUUUGCAACGCCAGGGUUGUGGGUUUGAUUCCCAAGGGGGGCCAGUAUGAAAAAUAAAUAAACUAACUGUAAGUCGCUCUGGAUAAGAGCGUCUGCUAAAUGACUAAAAAUGUUAAAAAAAAUAAAAUGGAUGGCACUGUGAUAGACUACAUCCAAUUUGCUGAGUAGAGUGUUGGAGGCUAUUUUGUAAAUGACAUCACAGAAAUCAAGGAUCGGUAGGAUAGUCAGUUUUACGAGGGCAUGUUUGGCAGCAUGAGUGAAGGAGGCUUUGUUGCAAAAUAGGAAGACGAUUCUAGAUCUAACUUUUGAUUGGAGAUGCUUAAUGUGAGUCUGGAAGGAGAGUUUACAGUAUAACCAGACACCUAGGUAUUUGUAGUUGUCCACAUACUCUAGGUCAGACCCGCCGAGAGUAGUGAUUCUAGUCGGGUGGGCGGGCGCAAACAGCGUUCGGUUGAAGAGCAUGCAUUUAGUUUUACUAGCCUUUAAGAGCAGUUGGAGGCUACGGAAGGAGUGUUGUAUGGUAUUGAAGCUCGUUUGGAGGUUUGUUAACACAGUGUCCAAUGAAGGGCCAGAUGUAUACAAAAUCUUGUCGUCCACAUAGAGGUGGAUCCGAGCGUCACCAGCAGCAAGAGCGACAUCAUUGGCCCGAGAAUUGAACCCUGUGGCACCCCCAUAGAGACGGCCAGAGGUCCAGACAACAGGCCCUCCGAUUUGACACAUUGAACUAUAUCUGAGAAGUAGUUGGUGAACCAGGCGAGGCAGUCAUUAGAGAAACCAAGGUUAUUUAGUCUGCCAAUAAGAAUGCGGUGUUUGACAGAGUCGAAAGCCUUGGCCAGGUCGAUGAAGACGGCUGCGCAGUACUGUCUUUUAUCGAUCGCGGUUAUAAUAUACACUGCUCAAAAAAAUGAAGGGAACACUAAAAUAACACAUCCUACAUCUGAAUGAAUGGAAUAAUCUUAUUAAAUACUUUUUUCUUUACAUAGUUGAAUGUGCUGACAACAAAAUCACACAAAAAUGAUCAAUGGAAAUCAAAUUUAUCAACCCAUGUAAGUCUGGAUUUGGAGUCACCCUCAAAUUUAAAGUGGAAAACCACAAUACAGGCUGAACCAACUUUGAUUUAAUGUCCUUAAAACAAGUCAAAAUGAGGCUCAGUAGUGUGUGUGGCCUCCACAUGCCUGUAUGACCUCCCUACAACGCCUGGGCAUGCUCCUGAUGAGGUGGCGGAUGGUCUCCUGAGGGAUCUCCUCCCAGACCUGGACUAAAGCAUCCGCCAACUCCUGGACAGUCUGUGGUGCAACGUGGCGUUGGUGGAUGGACCGAGACAUGAUGUCCCAGAUGUGCUCAAUUGGAUUCAGGUCUGGGGAACGGGCGGGCCAGUCCAUAGCAUCAAUGCCUUCCUCUUGCAGGAACUGCUGACACACUCCAGCCACAUGAGGUCUAGCAUUGUCUUUCAUUAGGAGGAACCCAGGGCCAACCGCACCAGCAUAUGGUCUCACAAGGGGUCUGAGGAUCUCAUCUCGGUACCUAAUGGCAGUCAGGCUACCUCUGGUGAGCACAUGGAGGGCUGUGCGGCCCCCCAAAUAAAUGCCACCCCACAUCAUGACUGACCCACCGCCAAACCGGUCAUGCUGGAGGAUGUUGCAGGCAGCAAAACGUUCUCCACGGCGUCUCCAGACUCUGUCACGUCUGUCACAUGCUCAGUGUGAACCUGCUUUCAUCUGUGAAGAGCACAGGGCGCCAGUGGCGAAUUUGCCAAUCUUGGUGUUCUCUGGCAAAUGCAAAACGUCCUGCACGGUGUUGGGCUGUAAGCACAACCCCCACCUGUGGACGUCGGGCCCUCAUACCACCCUCAUGGAGUCUGUUUCUGACCGUUUGAGCAGACACAUGCACAUUUGUGGUCUGCUGGAGGUCAUUUUGCAGGGCUCUGGCAGUGCUCCUCCUGCUCCUCCUUGCACAAAGGCGGAGGUAGCAGUCCUGCUGCUGGGUUGUGGCCCUCCUACGGCCUCCUCCACGUCUCCUGAUGUACUGGCCUUUCUCCUGGUAGCGCCUCCAUGCUCUGGACACUACACUGACAGACACAGCAAACCUUCUUGCCACAGCUCGCAUUGAUGUGCCAUCCUGGAUGAGCUGCACUACCUGAGCCACUUGUGUGGCUUGUAGACUCCGUCUCAUGCUACCACUAGAGUGAAAGCACCGCCAGCAUUCAAAAGUGACCAAAACAUCAGCCAGGAAGCAUAGGAACUGAGAAGUGGUCUGUUGUCACCACCUGCAAAACCAGUCCUUUAUUGGGGGUGUCUUGCUAAUUGCCUAUAAUUUCCACCUGUUGUCUAUUCCAUUUGCACAACAGCAUGUGAAAUGUAUUGUCAAUCAGUGUUGCUUCCUAAGUGGACAGUUUGAUUUCACAGAAGUGUGAUUGACUUGGAGUUACAUUGUGUUGUUUAAGUGUUCCCUUUAUUUUUUUGAGCAGUGUAGUUUAGAACCUUGAGCGUGGCUGAGGUGCACCCAUGACCAGCUCAGAAACCGGAUUGCAUAGCGGAGAAGGUACGGUGGGAUUCGAAAUGGUCGGUGAUCUGUUUUGUUAACUUGGGUUUCAAAUACUUUCGAAAGGCAGGGCAGGAUGGAUAUAGGUGUGUAACAGUUUGGAUCUAGAGUGUCACCCCCUUUGAAGAGGGGGAUGACCACGGCAGCUUUCCAAUCUCUGGGGAUCUCAGACGUUACGAAAGAGAGGUUGAACAGGCUAGUAAUAGGGGUUGCGACAAUUUCGGCGGCUAAUUUUAGAAAGAAAGGGUCCAGAUUGUCUAGCCCAGCUGAUUUGUAGGGGUCCAGAUUUUUCAGCUCUUUCAGAACAUCAGCUGUCUGAAUUUGUGUGAAGGAGAAGCGGGGGGGGGGGGGGGGGGGGGGGGCAUGGGCAAGUUGCAGCGGAGGGUGCAGAGCUGGUGGCCGGGGUAGUGGUAGCCAGGUGGAAAGCAUGGCCAGCCGUAGCAAAAUGCUUGUUGAAAUUCUCGAUUAUUGUACAUUUAUCGGUGGUGACAGUGUUUCCUAGCUUCACUGCAGUGGGCAGUUGGGAGGAGGUCUCUUAUUUUCCAUGGACUUUACAGUGUCCCAAAACUUUUUGGAGUUAGUGCUACAGGAUGCAAAUUUCUGUUUGAAAAAGCUAGCCUUUGCUUUCCUAACUGAUUGUGUAUAUUGGUUCCUGACUUCCCUGAAAAGUUGCAUAUCGCGGGGGCUGUUCGAUGCUAAUGCAGUACGCCACAGGAUGUUUUUGUGCUGGUCAAGGGCAGUCAAGUCUGAGGAGAACCAGGGGCUAUAUCUGUUCUUAGUUCUGAAUUUUUUGAAUGGGGCAUGCUGAUUUAAGAUUGAGAGGAAAGCACUUUUAAAGAACAACCAGGCAUCCUCUACUGACGGAAUGAGGUCAAUAUCCAUCCAGGAUACCCGGGCCAGGUCAAUUAGAAAGGCCUGCUCGCUAAAGUGUUUUAGGGAGCGUUUGACAGUGAUGAGGGGUGGUCGUUUAACUGCGGACCCAUUACGGAACACAGGCAAUAAGGCAGUGAUCGCUGAGAUCCUGGUUGAAGACAGCGGAGGUGUAUUUAGAGGGUAAAUUUGUCAGGAUCAUAUCUAUGAGGGUGCCCAUGUUUACAGAUUUAGGGUUGUACCUGGUAGGUUCGUUGAUAAUUUGUGUGAGAUUGAGGGCAUCUAGUUUAGAUUGUAGGUUUGCCGGGGUGUUAAGCAUAUCCCAGUUUAGGUCACCAAGCAGUACGAACUCUGAGGAUAGAUGGGGAGCAAUCAGUUCACAUAUGGUGUCCAGGGCACAGCUCAGGGCUGAGGGGGGUCUGUAGCAAGCGGCAACAGUGAGAGACUUAUUUCUGGAAAGGUGGAUGCGACGUACACAGGGUGGCGAGAGUGGGGAAACAGAAGAGUCAUUGUCUGUUCUUUUGAGUUUUGAAGUUGAGUCUUUGCCUGAGAAAGUGAGGUUAGGAUAUAUAAGUUAUCCAUUGCGAGCAUAUGUGCCGAAUACCUUAAGAUGUUACAGGUGUCAAACUUAUGGGCAUGUGGCAGCAGUGUGUAGGAGGGAGAUUCCAAGGUGUGAGAAGUGUAUGAGACAAAGGAGUGUGAAGCAGUGGGGAAAGUGGUGGUGUGUGCUAAUUGUACAUUUACGUAAUUUAGCAGACGCUCUUAUCCAGAGCGACUUACAGUUAGUGAGUGCAUACAUUAUUUUUUAUUUUAUUUUUUCAUACUGUACAUUUACAUUUUAGUCAUUUAGCAGAUGCACUUAUCCAGAGCGACUUACAGUUAGUGAGUGCAUGCAUUUUUAUUUUAUUUUCAUACUGGCCCCCCGUGGGAAUCGAACCCACAACCCUGGCAUUGCAAACGCCAUGCUCUACCAACUGAGCUACAUCCCUGCCGGCCAUUCUCUCCCCUACAGCUGGUAGAGCAUGGCGCUUGUAACGCCAAGGUAGUGGGUUCGAUCCCCGGGACCACCCAUACACAAAAAAAAAAAUGUAUGCACGCAUGACUGUAAGUCGCUUUGGAUAAAAGCGUCUGCUAAAUGGCGUAUUAUUAUUAUUAUCCUGGACCAAUUGUGCGCCGCCCCAUGGGUCUCCCGGUCGCGGACGGCUACGACAGAGCCUGGAUUAGAACCAGGAUCUCUAGUGGCACAGCUAGCACUGCGAUGCAGUGCCUUAGACCAUUGCGCCACUCGGGAGCAUGUAUUCUUCUUCUUGUGGACCCCCUAUGGACUCUUUUCGUUGCAUUCCACCCAGUGAGGAAGUCCGUCUUGUAUAGUGUAUGUCCACUAGGGGGCUUGGGGAGCCAGAGUAGCUUACCAAGCAAGAGGGGCCAAGGCACUUUUUUUUCACUCUAGCUAGCGACGAUGUUUGAACUUCCGGAUCCGGUGUUGUAUGCCUGUUUACAAAUGCUAGCUACAUGUCAGGCUAGUCUGGUGUUCUAUGCUUUACGACACUACUUUUUAGCCACAGAAGCAAACGUCUCUUUUUGAAUUGCAAUUGCUAGAGCUUUAACAGCAAGUGCUUGAACUGCUCUUAUUACUCAAGAGGAGAAGAAGAAAAGACGGAGAAAAUGGCGAGUUCAUCCACUGAACGCUACAAGAGGGGACGAUGGAGAAUACACAUCUCUUGUCCAACCGAUGCGAAGCAUUGACGAGGAAAUAUAUUUUAAAUACUUUCGGAUGUCGAUAUAGGACUCGUUUUACUGUGGAUAUAGAUACUUUUGUACCUGUUUCCUCCAGCAUCUUCACAAGGUCCUUUGCUGUUGUUAUGGGAUUGAUUUGCACUUUUCGCACCAAAGUACGUUCAUCUCUAGGAGACAGAACGCGUCUCCUUCCUGAGCGGUAUGACGGCUGCGUGGUCCCAUGGUGUUUAUACUUGCGUACUAUUGUUUGUACAGAUGAACGUAGUACCUUCAGGCGUUUGGAAAUUACUCCCAAGGAUGAACCAGACUUGUGGAGGUGCACAAAGGUUUUUCUGAGGUCUUGGCUGAUUUCUUUUGAUUUUCCCAUGAUGUCAAGCAAAGAGGCACUGAGUUUGAAGGUAGGCCUUGAAAUACAUCCACAGGUACACCUCCAAUUGACUCAAAUGAUGUCAUUUAGCCUAUCAGAAGCUUUUAAAGCCAUGACAUCAUUUUCUGGAAUUUUCCAAGCUGUUUAAAGGCACAGUCAACUUAGUGUAUGUAAACUUCUGACCCACUGGAAUUGUGAUCCAGUGAAUUAUAAGUGAAAUAAUUGUCUGUAAACAAUUGUUGGAAAAAUUACUUGUGUCAUGCACAAAGUAGAUGUCCUAACCGAUUUGCCAAACCUAUAGUUUAACAAGACAUUUGUGGAGUGGUUGAAAAACGAGUUUUAAUGACUCCAACCUAAGUGUAUGUAAACUUCCGACUUCAACUGUAUUUAACCUUGUGUUGUGUAGUGGACCUUUCAAUUAGGACAUUCCUGUUACUAUAUAUUAUUAUAUAUUUUAUUUUAUUUUAUUAUUAUAUAGUUAACCACUGUCUCCUAAUUUCCAAACUGGAGGCACUGGGGUUAAGCAGUAUCCCUCUAGGCUGGGUACUUGUCAGGUAGGGAGCAAGUGGUAGAGGUUAAUGGGUCACUGUCUCAGGCAAAACUAAUGAGUUUUGCCGUUCCGCAGGGGAGUGUGCUUGGCCCUCUAAAGUUUCUACUGUAUAUAAACGAAUCUAAGUAAGGAAUGGAAUUUAAGAAUAUAUACAUUAACUCAGCAAAAAAAGAAACAUCCUCUCAUUGUCAACUGUGUUUAUUUUCAGCAAACUUAACAUGUGUAAAUAUUUGUAUGAAUAUAACAAGAUUGAACAACUGAGACAUAAACUGAACAAGUUCCACAGACAUGUGACUAACAUAAAUGGAAUAAUGUGUCCCUGAACAAAGUGGGGGUCAAAAUCAAAAGUAACAGUCAGUAUCUGGUGUGGCCACCAGCUGCAUUAAGUACUGCAGUGCAUCUCCUCCUCAUGGACUGCACCAGAUUUGCCAGUUCUUGCUGUGAGAUGUUACCCCACUCUUCCACCAAGGCACCUGCAAGUUCCCAGACAUUUCUGGGGGGAUGGCCCUAGCCCUCACCCUCCGAUCCAACAGGUCCCAGACGUGCUCAAUGGGAUUGAGAUCCGGGCUCUUCAUUGGCCAUGGCAGAACACUGACAUUCCUGUCUUGCAGGAAAUCACGCACAGAACGAGCAGUAUGGCUGGUGGCACAUGCAGAUGCACUCCAAUUUCCUGGACAGAAAGGUGACAUAUUAAGUAUUUCCCUACCCAUUACUCUCACCCUGGCCAGCCCCCUUACUCUCAAACCACUAACCCAUAUGUUUCCAACAUGACCUAACUUGUGUGUGUGUGUGUUACACAUGGUGUUACAGGAAGAGGUGAAGGCGGAACAUGCCUCGUACCUAUGGCAGCACCCGGUUCUCCGCGCCAUGAUGGCCGACUUCUUGCAGUUCCUGUUACUACCAAAACUGAGCGAUGUCCUCAUGUUCGCCUUCUCCCUACCCCUUUGCCUUCCGCUGACCCCCUUCAUCACCUCUUCACCUUGA